AUGAAGAGAGAUGCAGCUAUUCAACUCGUAAUAAUAACUGGUAUAUUGUUACUGUUCGCCGUCGGUCAAACUUGCUGGAAAAAUACGCACUCAUCGUUGGAACAGCAGGAAAAUGUAUUACAUCUUAGACCAUCACAAGUGAAGCGCAUCGAAAAUAAAGAUGCAAGUCUUCAAGUGCCGUUUCUCGACAAAAUUAGCAAGCACUGGUAUGUCGGAGGCAGUCCCGAGAUCCGCAAUUCUGAAUACGUUAGAUUGACCAACAUCGGCUCCCCAGGUAGCCACGGAUCAGUCGUUUCCAAUGGACUCGGUGACAACACUAUAAACGAUUUUGAAAUUGUAGUGAAAUUCAGGAUUAUGUCCAAAGACCAGCAUAGAAAGACACCGAGUGGCAAUUCACCAUCGAUGGGCGAUGGUAUGGCUAUUGUUAUUUCUUCAGAAAAAGAUUUCGUUUCACCAGAAUCCUACGCAUCUGGCUAUGCAAGGAAACAAUUCGAUUUAAAUUCUGGUGGUGUUCUGCUAGGUAAUACAGAAAUGAUGGGGUUCCCCAAAAAUUUACCGGGUCUUAGUCUCGUCAUUGACACUUUUCAAAAUAGCGAUCGUUCAAGGACAAAGAUUCCAUUUCUCGAUAUCCAUGUAAAUACUUCACCAAGGGAUCAAAAAUAUGAUUUUCCAAGUGAUGGCGCUGAUACGACUGCAUUAAAAUUAUUGAAGGAUCCCAUAAGAUUAACGCAGAGGUGUGUCAAGGGCGAUUUGACCCAGUUUAGAAUAAUCUACAUGGAAAGCAUUAAUACUCUAAAAAUCGAUGCGAAGUAUGCACACGAGGGUGACUAUUGGAUUGAAUUAUUCCAUUCACAAUUGGACAUCAAACUACCGAAAAAUUCAAGAAACGGUCAGAGGUACGUCGGUGUCGGUGCACUCACAGGCCAGCUUACAGAAACUGUUGACGUUUUCUCCAUAGAGACCAAUGAGUUUCAUUCCGAGAACCAUGACGAAUCGGCAGAAACUUCAUUUGAUUACGCUAAAGAGGUCCAGAUGUUUUUAGCUCAAGAAUUCGAUCGCAAGGUCUCGUUAGAAGAAGACGAAUUUCAAAAAUGGAAAAUUGCUAGAGCACAACCGAAUUUAGCUAUUCAAGAAGUACAGAGAGAAUCAUCAUCGCCAUUAUCACCGCCACGAAGAUCAAAAUCCAUCUUCGGUUGGUUUGGUAAAAGUGUGGCAUUUAGCAUUUUAACCGUUGCGUUUUAUUUGACAUCUGUAUACAUCAGAGUUAGCAUCAAACACAUCAACAACACUCAUAGACGUAAAAGAGCUCAGUCGAUUGGACUUUUACCUAUAUAA